AUGGAGCGCCACAAGAAGACCGUCUCCAAGAUCGCCGCCGCCGUGCGGUCCUUCUUCGACCGCAAGGAGCCGUACCGCAUCUUCCACGGCUCGACAAACAGCACCCGGCCCUUCCGCCGGGACCGCGUCGUCGACAUCUCGGCCCUCGGCAACGUCCUCGAGGUCAACAAGGCCCGCCGCACCGCCCUUGUCGAGCCCAACGUCCCCAUGGACCGCCUCAUCGAGGGCACCCUCCGCCACGGCCUCAUUCCCCCCGUCGUCAUGGAGUUCCCCGGCAUCACCGCCGGCGGCGGCUACGCUGGUACUGCUGGCGAGUCCUCAAGCUUCAAGCACGGCUUCUUCGACGACACCAUCAACGAGGUUGAGCUUGUGCUCGCCAACGGCGAGGUCGUCCGCGCCAACCGUCAGGAGAGGGCCGACCUCUUCCAUGGUGCCGCCGGCGCCGUCGGCACCCUCGGCGUCACCACCAUGAUUGAGCUGCAGCUCGUCGAGGCGAAGAAGUACGUCAAGACGACGUACCACCGCACGCAUAGCGUCGCCGAGGCCGUCGAGACCGUCCAGGCCGAGACUCUCAACGCCGAGAACGACUACGUCGACGGCAUCCUCUUCAGCAAGGACCAUGGCGUCGUCAUCACCGGCAAGCUGACGGACGAGAUCCCCGAGGACCAGAAGCCGCAGACCUUCAGCGGCGCUUGGGACCCCUGGUUCUACCUGCACGUCAAGGACCGCACCCUCACAGCGGGCUCCGCCAACAGCGACGCAGCAACAGCGUCCGCGUCGGCGGGCCCCGCGGUCGACUUUGUUCCGUUGGCCGAGUACCUUUUCCGCUACGACCGCGCCGGCUUCUGGGUCGGCGCCGCCGCAUUCGACUACUUCAAGUAUGUGCCUUUUACGCGCUUCACGCGCUGGUUCCUCGACGAUUUCCUGCACACGCGCAUGCUCUACCGCGCUCUCCAUGGCAGCGGCGAAUCGGCGCGCUUUGUCGUCCAGGACCUCGCCCUGCCGUAUAAGAACGCAGAGCGCUUCGUCGACUACACGGCCGACAACUUUAACAUUUGGCCGCUGUGGCUCUGCCCCCUGAAGCAGACCGCCCCGCCGACAUUCCAUCCGCACACGGGCGAGGUCGAGACCCUACCCGCCGCCGCCGCCGCAGCAGCCACUGGAGCCGAGGGCAGUAGCGCCAUAACAGCGCCAAAGCCGAUGCUCAACAUCGGCCUUUGGGGCUGGGGCCCCUCGGACCCGGACGAGUUCGUCUCCAAGAAUCGUGCCCUCGAGCACAAGCUCCGCGAGCUCGGCGGCAUGAAGUGGCUGUAUGCGCACACGUACUACACCGAGGACGAGUUCUGGCAGGCCUACGACAAGAAUUGGUACGACGGCCUGCGGCAAAAAUACGGCGCCACGACGCUGCCGACCGUCUACAACAAGGUCAAGGUCGACGUCGAGGCCCGCAGGGAGGAGCUCAAGAGCUGGCGCAACGUCGUCAAGUCGAAGCCACCCAUCGGCGGCCUGUACGGUAUCUAUAAGGCCAUACAGAGCAAGGACUACCAUCUGCACCGUCGGGCCGAGUGGAAAUGGAAGGGUGAUAAAUGA